UCGCUUUCUUCUCAUGAAUAUCAUUUUAUUUAUGAGCUGAAGAACUGGACUGAAGCCCAGACGUACUGCAGAGAAAAGUACUCAGACCUGGCAACCAUAGCGGACAUGGAGGAUGUGGGCAUUCUGAACAGCAUGGCAGAUUUAACACAAAUGGUCUACCCAACUUACAGCUAUAGAGCCUGGAUUGGAUUAUAUGACGACCUGAACAGCUGGAGAUGGUCCAUGUCGGACUCAAAGUUCUACCAACAAGAGCAGAGGGAGUUCAGGAACUGGAAAAGUGGAGAACCAGACAAUCGGCGCAGUGUGGAGCAUUGUGGGUCGAUGACCAGUGAUGGAACCUGGCUUGAUGAACCUUGUUCCUACACCCGCAGACCAGUCUGCUUUAAUAUCACAGGGACGGUUGUGAAAUUUGUUCUCAUCAACACUCUCAUGACGUGGACCGCGGCUCAGAAAUACUGCAGGGAGUAUCACUCAGACCUGGCCAGCGUGAGGAACAUGACCGAGAACCAGAAGAUUCAGGAGCUGGUACCAGCAGGAGGUAUAGUCUGGAUCGGUCUGUACAGAGACGCCUGGAAGUGGUCGGAUGGAAGAAACUUCUCGUUAAGUUACUGGAACAGUAUAGAACCCAAUAAUAAUGCAGGGAAGGAAAACUGUGUAGCAGCAGUGUUUAAUGAUGAAGGGAAAUGGGAGGACUGGACGUGUGAUUUAAAGAGGGCCUUCAUCUGCUACAGCUACAUUCCAGUUUCAAAGAAGGUUUUGGCUCUGAAGCUGGAGAAAACCUCCAACCUGGAUCUGAAUGAUCAUGCUGUACUGGAAGAGCUCCUGAACCAGCUGAAGCAGAAGCUGAAGGAGCAGGGACUGAAUGAAGACAUCCAACUGAGCUGGAGGAAGCAGUCAGAUGGAAAUGUUUUCCACAAAGAGAAGAACAAGCAGACGUCAGUUUGAGAGAAGUGGACCUGCUUCUGAAGAAGAUCCUCCUUUCCUUUAACCUUCUGAAAUAUUGUUGUUUCUAUAAGUUAUGCUAUUAACUACGAUUGUCCUAAUGUCAAAUCAUACAUCUGUUGUAUUUAUGAUGUUAGUUUCUAGUUAAUAACAUGUUUUAUCAGAUGGAGGACAAUAGUUUCUCCAGGUCUUCAAGGAAACUAAUUUCACUUCCUGGAUGUAAGUUAGUUGUAGUAAUUAUACAUAAAUAGUAGUAUUUAAAACAAAAAAAACAAAGACAUUAUUUAGUUAAUCAGCUUUUUUUCAUUAUAUGGAGGAUGGCGGUGAAUUGGGUCACAAAGAAACUGAUCAGAUAGUUAAACUACAGUCACACAAUAGAAGAAAAAUUUUCUUUAACUGAAUAAAA